AUGGCUGGCACAAGGAACUAUGACUUCCUGAUCAAAUUAUUGCUGAUUGGCGACUCGGGCGUGGGCAAAUCGUGCUGUCUGUUACGUUUCAGUGAAGAUUCAUUCACCCCGUCCUUCAUCACGACCAUCGGCAUCGAUUUCAAGAUCCGUACGAUCGAACUUGAUGGCAAGCGUGUGAAGCUGCAGAUUUGGGACACCGCCGGCCAAGAACGCUUUCGGACCAUCACCACCGCGUACUAUCGUGGUGCGAUGGGGAUCCUCCUGGUUUACGAUGUCACCGAUGAGCGAUCGUUUCAGAGUAAGCACCCCUUGGGCGCCCGAAUAAAAACAGACAUACGCACCUGGUUUUCCAACGUCGAGCAACACGCCAGCGAGGGAGUACACAAGAUCCUCAUCGGAAACAAAUGCGACUGGGAGGAGAAGCGGGCCGUCUCCACCGAGCAAGGUCAGGAACUUGCCGAUGAACUUGGCAUUCCAUUCCUUGAGGUGUCUGCCAAGAACAACAUCAACAUCGAGAAGGCGUUCUAUAACCUUGCAUCGGACAUCAAGAAGGGCAUGGACACCUCAAAGACCGAGCCAAGUCCAGGGCUCGCUAUAGAUAACGGUUCGGGAUUGAACGGCAACUCGGGUGGAAAGUGUUGUUAA